UGCGUGAGCAUAUUUACACUUUGCUGACAGCCUGACAGGUCACAGUUUCCGGCAAAUUGUAUCACGGACAACCCUUAAUGCUCGACCCCGGUCUGGCUUCCCACUGCGCAGGCAUUGCAGCCCUGCGGGCCCCCGUCAACAUGGAACGUCUUCGGGACUAAGAGGCAUUUCGUGGACGAUAUAUAGCGCCGAGAUGCCCACAACUCCAUCAUACAGCUCGUAUAGCUCCGUCAUCGUCCACAACACAAGUCAAAACGAGAUCCAAUGUCUGGCUUGAAUCAUGUCGUCCGAAGACAAGAAUUCUUGCCGUGCCUGGCGCAUCAACAACCCGGGCAAUGUCGUGGCAAACCUCGAGCUCGUCACGAUCCCCUGUCCGUCGGCGGAGGCCAUUGGCAAGAAUGAAGUUCUCGUCCGCGUCACGUCAGCAAGCAUCUGGAGGGGCGAUUGGUGGCCCGUCGAGAUGGGCGGCGCUCACAAGAUCAUGGGCGUGUCGUUUCCGCGGUCACCUGGCAUGGACUUUGGCGGUCAUGUUGUCGCAGUCGGUCGCAAGGUCGUCGGCGUGAAGCCCGGCGAUGCUGUUUUUGGUCGCAUGGACCCUUUCAAGCAGGGAUCUCUCUCCGAAUACGUCGUGGCCCCAUCCGACGGUGUCGCCGUGCUGCAGCGCGGCAUCUCCCCGCGUGAAGCUGGUGCCGCCGGCACGGCGUCCCUUGCCGCAUACCAGAGCAUGGCGCCUUAUGUCCAAGAGGGCGACCACGUCCUCAUCAAUGGAGGGUCCGGCGGAGUUGGCACCUUUGCGAUCCAGAUUGCCAAGGCGCUUGGAUGCCACGUCACCGUCACCUGCUCUACAGACAAGGUCCCCCUCUGCUCCGAGCUCGGCGCCGACAGCAUCAUCAACUACAACAAGGAGAAUGUCAUGGCCGCACUGCGCCAGAGAGGCAAGGUCUUUGCGCACGUGGUGGACAAUGUGGUCGGAUCGCCGUCCGACCUCUUCCCCGGAUGCGACGAUAUUAUGCUCCCCGGAAAGAAGCGCUAUUACGUCUCUGUCGGGAGCGGUAUCAACAUUUCCUCUGUCGUCAACACGAACGUUGGUACAAUGUUGCCGUCCUGGCUCGGGGGCUCCAAGCACAAAUGGAAGCCUCUUGUGGUGGCUAAUUCGCACGACGACCUUGCCCAGAUUGCAAAGUGGAUGGCUGAGAAGAAAGUGAGGACAGUCGUUGAUUCGACAUUUGCCUUUGACGAGGUUCCAGACGCCUUCUCCAGGCAUAAGAAGGGUUCCAUGGCGGGCAAGAUCCUCAUUGAUGUGGCAGCAGUGGACACUGCGGGGGUGGACAAGAUGGAGUGAGCCCGCAUUCGCACCAGACGUAGCGUUGGGCAGUGGCGCACAGCCCGGAGAUCCUUUUCAGUCUCUAUGAACUGUCUGUUGGCUACAAGAGAUAUGUACCAUAGACGCGGCAGCGG